AUGGACGCCGACGGAGAAACCACGGCGACGAUAGAGAAAAUUGACAGAAACUCAGACGAAAAUCGAAAAGAAGCGUUAUUAGCGUCAACAGAGUCUCUUCAACCUAAUUUCAAUCGAUCCAACGUCACUCAGAAACAAAUUUCGAAAUUACAGGAGCUACACAAGAGACGUAUGCAAAUAAAAGCCUAUUCAAAGAUCCAUAAGAAACCUAAAGAGAGCAAAAGUUCUCGGAGCAGAGCAAUCGAAGAUGGCGAAAGCUUUAAGAAAUUGAAAGAAUCAGAUUCUUCUUCUUCUACCUUAGAACGGCAUGAUCAUCAUAAGACAGCAGUCACAGUAUUAAAGAUUCCACAAAAGCUGUAUUGGGGGCUAGAUGCUAAGGAAAGGUGGGAAAGGAAAGCCAAUAUGUAG